GCUUCCUCCUUGGAAAUACAAGCAUUUCAGCCAGCGGUUGUUCCCAUAAGAGCCAUUACAACACUAACACUUAAAACCAGUGUGGAACUGAAUGUGACGUCAAAUACCACUCUUCAAUGCAGAUUUAAAGACAUUUCUGUGCCGGCUAGGAAAGAGGAUGGUUUUAUUUUCUGCGAGACGCCACCAAUGAGAAAUACUGACAGAGUCCCUCUUUUUCUUGAUGUUGAUGGACAAUUAUUCAAAACUAAAAAGCCGCUCUAUUUGCACGGUUAGUAGAGUCUAAGUAAUUAAGGUCGCACUUGGGGUCAAGCCAAGUCCGCACAACCUCAUUUUAUGAAACCCUUUUAUGUAACAAUGUUUUCGCAUAAUUUUUUGGUCUUGUAGAUCUUGUACACAAAGGUGUAACAACUUGACUUACUAAGAAUAAUAUAUCAAACUUGAGGUGCAGCCGGCGUAUCUGUUGUCCGGUCAUGAAGAAGGGGGUUAGAAAACAAGGCGAAAUCGACUAUUCUUUUUAACCGACGUGAUUUCUGGAUAUCGGAUAAAACGCUUUGUCAAGUGAUUUGAUAUAGCUUCUCAAAGAAACAAUAAUGGCAAAACAUCAUUAAACUUCACAAAUAUAUGUUACGGAAGUUUCUAUUAGCCCGGAAAAACAGCCUACACUUCGCGAAGCCACCACUGGAUUCCCCGCGAAAUGACGUCUGCAAGACGAGCACAGAAAUUCCAUACUGAUGACGCGUCACUAUCGGGAUCUGGGUAGUGCUUCUAAUUGGUUGAAGCAAACUUUCAGCCAAUCAGAAGCGCUACCCAGAUCCGGAUAAUGACGCGUCUUGGAAUUUUUGCACUCGUUUCUCAGUCGUCAUUUCGCGUGAAAACCUGUGGCAGGCGUCACGAAAUGUCGGCUGUUUUCCUAGGCUAACUUUAUAUCAAUAUCAGUUUCACUGUGGUGAUAGCUUUUUCUCUUCAUAAAUUAAUAUUAAUAAGAGAAGCAUGUAUAAAAAACAAGUGCUCAUUUUGUAUGUUUUAAGAAGUUUUUUUUUGCUUAUUUUUGCAGAACCGUUCAAAGUAUCAAACGUUACCCCUUCAUUGGUUUCACCGGCUCAAAACAUCCACUUAACAGUCAGUGGUAUUUCCUGUCAAGAUUGGUUACAGUAUUUUGUCCGGUUUCAGACCGCAAACGGAACGAAAAAGACCCAGCAGGGGAUCUGUAAGGAUUCUGUUAUCUCGUGCUAUGUCCCUGAAUUUUCACCCAAUACACGGCUUCGGGUUGGCUUGACUCUGACUAACAGACUGGUGGAGUGGGCUGACAGGAAGAUUCUUAUACAGUGUAAGUAAUCUUUGAUGAACCGGCAUCGAUAGGGGCGAUUAGAAAGCCACUCGAGGAGCACCACCCCCUUCCUCCCACCCCUUUUCAUGUUUGUUACGUCUGUGUUGUCAGCCGAUACAUAUCACUAUAAUUGUUAGUUAAUAACGAAAGCGAAGGAGCACAAGCUUUCACACAACUUUCAAAAAUGCAUUAAUAUUCAAUAGGCAUAUUGUCCAAUUGACUUCUCGAAACUGAAAAGCCAAGGGGAGGAGGACUUUGUAUUCAGCCUCAAGCUCAGGGGAAAUACGAUUGAAACAAUGAAUUGAUUGAAACAAUGGAAUGCUGAUUAGGAUGAAAAUUUUCUUUAAAGAACAACUGAAACUUCAAGAGAGCACGCGGGAACAACAAAGUCAUGUGACUCAAGAAAAUCUAUAAACGUAUUUCAGAAUUGGAGGAUACUUAUGUUGACACACCUACUUUAAUUGAUAAACUAGGCAAGAUGAACUAAGAUGACAAGAAAUGUAAAAUAAGUUUAUAUAUUUUGUAACAUUGUAUCUGUAAUAACUGCAGUCGAUCUUCUUGUGUCAUUUAUCUAGAAUUAUCUUCCUUUUCUUUUCCUUAAUUUCUUGCUAGUUUUAAAUUUCUUUAUGUUUUGCCUUGCCCGCCUCGAUUAGCCAAGCUAAUUGCGAGCAGAGGAUGUUUAAUAAUGUGUAAUGAUUAUGUUUUAAUUUAAUCCAAUUUAUUUAAUAACUUACGAAGAUCAAUAAACUUCAAACUUAAACUUCUACAUACUAGGGUAGGGUAAGGGGGAAAUUUUACAUAGGUCUAGUCUUACGGGUUUUUUUAUGACUCUGCUAAAUCACGUAUAAGGGGCUGCAUUUAGCAAUAAUGAUAGAUUGUACGAAUCGAACUGACAAGCAUAAUUUACAUUGGCCUGAAAUGGCGUUGCACAGCUCAGUUUGAAGCUAAUUGCAAAGUGGGGACCUCUGAGGCAUUCACCUCUGGCCGGGUUAUUCAAAGCGGGGUUAAGAUAACCCAGGGUUAAUGCGAAAUUUGGAUCAAGAUAUAAAAGCAAUACUUAAAAGGUUUAACUCUCUUCGUCUACAAUUUGACGAUUGGAUACAUUAAAAAGGAAUAGAACAAAUUAUUCGAAGAAAUGCUUUUGAAUAAAAGAAAAAGGAAACCGGAUCAAAAUUUAACCCUGGGUUAUAAUUAAGCGCUAAUUGGCCUUCAAACAACUGGGCCCCGACUUAGCGCCAGCUCAGAAUUACAUAUUCGCCGACGUAAAGAUAAAAAAGUUGUAUUGCAAUUGUAAUUUAACCAAAGAGGCAGGAAAAAGGACUAAAAUUAAAUCUCAUGUUUUGCGUUGUAGAUCCGAUAGACGCCAUGAAAAGUUUAGUGAAAGACGUGAAAACAGAUACCACCGCAAAAGGAUCGUUUGGGUUCGUGGUGGUACUCAGAGAUCGCUUUGGAAAUCCCAUUAAAGUUAUCGAGAGAGACAACAAGAAACCGACAAGGGUAUUAGUUCAGUACGCGCCGAGGAACAAACCACAACAAAUGACCUUCCUAAAGUGUACCACGACGAUAACGAGCUAUGGGACUGGUGAUGAGUUUGUGUUGAGCUGCGCAGGCGCUGAAAAGGAAAGUAUCUAUUUUUAUCCUUUCAUAAACAAUGUACCACUUGGUGGAAAGGAGAGAUAUGAAGCUACAACUACCUUAUGCCCUGGAAAGAACAGUUGUGAAGGUAAUUAGCUUCUUAUGCAUAAGGUUUGAGUUAUGUAUACACUAUACCGAAUACCUUUUCGUGUCGACACGAACAACAGCAACGGCACAGAAAUGGAGCAAGUCGUUUACACACAUCUAGGAGGGUCAUGCUGUCAAAAUCUUUCACCGCCUUUUCUAGCUGCGGGUAUACCAGACUUUGUAUGUGUUUCAUGAAAGCAAUAAAUAAAGUGUGUUGAACAGUUUUUAGAUUGUUCUUCAAGAUGGGUGUAAUUGCAAAGAGCUUCAUUCGAUUUAACUCGAACUUUUCCUCACACAGCUGAGUCAGAGACCCCGAUACUGGUCAUAGUUCUUUCUUGCCUUGGAGCUGUUCUUGCGGUGAUAUUACUGGCGGCAUUUGUCCGUAGCAAAGCUAAAAAGAAAAUAACAGUGGUCCCGGAGAUGGCUGACGAGUUAGAAAUGGACGUUCAGCUUCCUAAGGACGACAUCUGCGAACCGCUAGAGGUAGGAGCUUGUGAUUGGAUAAGUUGCUUUUUGACUCAUGUUGGGCCGAUAAAUUUUCCAUGACAAGUAGAUAAGUGGCUCGUUAUUAGACUUAGGCCCCGUCCACACAAACGCGUUUUCGUUUGAAAACGCGUACAUUUUGACGCGUUUUGGCCUUCCGUCGACGCUAAUACGCUGAGCGUUUUCACCGAAAACGCAUCGAUUUGAAAACACUGUUGAAAGCAGUGGAUAAAAAAAAAUGGGUAUACAAAUCGUAUCAGUGUGGACGAUCGAAAACGGUUAAAAACGGCAUCAAAAUGAAAUUAAUGAUGUCAUGUGGAUCACAUCGACAUGCCCAUAGAGUCGAAAACGCAUCAAAACGGUACUGUGGACGCGAAUCGAUCGAUGCGUUGUCGACGAAAACGGAAACGCAAACUUUUGAAAACGCGUCGAAGAGGACAGGUGAAGCGCGAAGGAAGGAUAUGUAGAUUUUUUUAUUUAACCCGCGAGUGUUAUCUAUCUCCACCGCGAAUUUCCACCGAUUGGGGUGUCCUGCUAGCUCUAUCAAAACGUAAAAAUUAAGUUUGAAAGGUGAAACGAAUCGUUUCUCGAACGAAUUUUAUGAAGGCGAAAAAGUACUUGUCGGGAAUGACGACGGCUUUCCACCUGCAGUCGCACACGUUACACCUGGGAAAAAGAAUAUCCAAGUAGGCUUCCUGAACAAUUAAGGCUUUUAUAUUCCGAUCAGAUUGAACAUUUAAGGUCAGGUCAGUUUUAUCUCCACCUCACACCGCUUAUGAAUGCUACUGUGUUUUUAUUGGCUUGAAAAUAAAAAAAUCCCUUUUUCAAGUAGCGUCGAAGUGCAGCGCGCGUAAUCCUUCGUCUUUAAUCUUUGCUCGCUUGCCUGAGACGUAUUUUCAUUACGUAUCUUUUUUUUCCAGCUCAUAAAUCGGCACGAAAACUACGCGCUCGACAAUAGUGUUGAAGAUAUCGCAGUAGCUAGUGCAGCCCACGAAAAUGUCUCAGAGGAUGAAAAAUCUAGUGGUGAAUCAACAAAACUGCAUUUGAAUGUUUCUUGUGCUAUUGGAGAAUCCGAACAGGAACCUCAAGGAGACGAACAAAAGGAGGAAGAAGACGAACCCGAGAAAAAGACUGACGUAAUAAUUAAAACGCAGGUAAACUUUAGGAUAUAUGCCGAGUCCAGCGUGAGAAAACUGCUUCCCACAUUUCGCAACGCAACCCCCUGUUUCCCCAAGAAAUGACGUUCGAGGACCGAGCGCAAAAAUACCGGCCAUACUGAUGACGUGACUCCACCUAGAUCUGGGUAGUACUUUUGAUUGGUUGAAGCAAGUUUCUCUCGCUGCACGACCAAUCAGAAGCACUACCCAGAUCUGGCUAGUACCACGUUAUGGAAUUUUGCGCUCGUUUCUCAGACGUCAUUUGGCGGGGAAACCAGUGGUAGCACCGCCAAGUGUCUGCGGUUGUUUCAAAAUUCAAACGCAUUAGCUAGUUGAAUGGAUCUCUUUUAUUUACACAGAAAAAGCAUUUUGAGCAAGGCACAGAGCUGUCAGCUGCAGAGAAUUUUGAAGAGACCGCGGGUCCAAGUGCCUCAACACCAGACACUGACCCUUUUCCUGGUCUUGAAACACCAAGAGGACAGGUGAAGGGCGAAGGAAGGAUGUGCAGAUCUUUUUAUUUAACCCGCGUGUGUUAUCUAUCUCCACCGCGAAUUUCCACCGAUUGGGAUGUCCCGCUAGUUCUAUCAUAACGUAAAAAUUAAGUUUGAAGGGUGUAACGAACCGUUUCUCGAACGAAUUUUAUGAAGGCGAAAAAGUACUUGUCGAGAAUGACGACGGAUUUCCACCUGCGGUCGCGCACGUUACACCUGGGAAAAAGGAUAUCCAAGUAGGCUUCCUGAACAAUUAAGGCUUUUAUAUUCCGAUCAGAUUGAACAUUUAAGGUCAUGUCAGUUUUAUCUCCACCUCACACCGCUUAUGAAUGCUACUGCGUUUUUAUUGGCUUGAAAAUAAAAAACUUAUAUCUCUUUUUCAAGUAGCGUCGAUGACGUGCAGCUCGUGUAAUCCUUCGUCUUUAAUCUUCAGGCCCUUUAGUCUGUUACUCGAUCAAAAUACCCUCUCCGUUUACUUCACCUUUUUAACGUCAAUGUUUGCUCGCUUGCCUGAGACGUAUUUUCAUUACGUAUCUUUUUUUUCCAGCUCAUAAAUCGGCACGAAAACUACGCGCUCGACAACACUGUUGAAGAUAUUGCAGUAGCCAGUGCAACUCACGAAAAUGUCUCAGAGGAUGAAAAAUCUAGUGGUGAAUCAACAAAACUGCAUUUGAAUGUUUCUUGUGCUAUUGGAGAAUCCGAACAGGAACCUCAAGCAGACAAACAAAAGGAGGAAGAAGACGAACCCAAGGAAAAGACUGACGUAAUAAUUAAAACGCAGGUA